AUGAAAGAUUUAACCCAUUAUAAUCCAAAUAAUCCAAAUAAUAAUCCAAAUAAUAAUCCAAAUAAUAAUAAUAAUAAUAAUAAUUUUAGAAAUAGAAAUAAUAAUAAUUUUAGAAAUGAAGUAAUGAGACUAGUUAAAACCAAUACUAUAGUAUAUUAUAAUGGUAAUGGAUAUUCGCACCCAGGUUUACUAAAAUUGGAACCAGGUGGCUUUGUAUUUAUAUUGAAUGGAAAUACUUCAAAUAUUAAACAUUUAUCAUUGGAACAAAUUUAUAGGUUCAUUUCAAAGUCUCCAAAAAAUGGUUUCAUUUUAAAAAACUAA